AUGACGCCAAUUUAUCUCACAAUCAUUGCCUUCUUGGCCCUGAUUAACUUGAGCGACGCUACCGCAUGCUGUGCUCACCCGAGAUGCGGGGAACCGGGGUUCAAGUUUGCUCAAUACAACAAUCCCUUCCUCAGCGACCACAGCCCUACGUACGACAAGUUGAACUUGACCUACUUCUCAACUCAGCAGCCUAUUCGUGCCGGUAUUUCAAGCGCGGCCAAUAACCAGCAAGUGACAGGCGAUAAGGUCGGCAACUGGCUCUUGAAUUACCGUGCCUUCCUGUAUACCUGCCAUUCGGGAAAUUACACCUUUGCCUCCCCGGCAGCCGAUGAUGUAACCCUGGUGUGGCUAGGCAAAGAAAAUGUGGACAAGGCGACCCAAGAAGCUGCAAGUCUUCGCCAGUACUUCUACGGAGAUAACUCACCAAAGACAGUCCACAAAGAACUUGAGGCAGGCGUGUACUACCCUAUUCGUAUUGUGUCGGCUAACGGGGGUGGGCCUAUGGUGCACGGGAUUACUAUCUUGGACCCGAAGGGCCGAAAGGUGGACGGUGCCACUAGCCAUGGAUCAAGCUUCCUACUUACGGAAGCAUGCGGCAAAAAAAUAGGAAACUAA